AUGGCGUCGGCGCUCUCCUCGCUCGUUGCCUCAGGCGGGCGCGCGAGGCUGCGGGUGGGCAUUCUCUCUGCGCAGGGCGCGCUGCCCACUGCGACUUGUUUUCCCGCUGGAACUCUGCAUCGAGGAUCUCUCGAGCAUGACGCGCGCCUCGCAGACGCUGUGCGGGCGCCGCAGCUGACGUUUGCUGACGCAAAGCUUGAUUGUGGCGCGUCGUGCUGUGGCGUCUUUGCACAACCUCCUCUCCCUACUGCCCCCGCCUCGUCGGCAGCAGCCUCUUCAGAUCGCGUCUUCAGAGACCACACAAGGGACAGUCCCACGGCCUGGACCGCCUGCAUGCGCCUGGAGCGCCGCGGAGUCCGCUUGCUUCGGCGCGCGCGGCUGCGGGAGGGAAACAGGCGAGGCGCCGAGAGCCGCGCAGCUCCUCCUGAAGAGCUGAGAGCCCGGGCGCGGCGUGCGCUGCAGGACUCGCAGGCGUCUGCAACCGCUGCUGCGUCUCCGUCUGGCGAGAUCGAGGGAGCUUCGCCCGCCGGGCUGCGCCAGUGGGAGGAGCCUUUUUUUGACUCAGCUUCGCCGCGAAGUGUCUCUCUUCGGUCGGGAGAGGACGUUGGGGAAGAGGAGGGGGGGGGCGUGGCCGGCGAGCUGAGGGUCGCAAAGGAGGGCUUCCCGCCGGCGCCUUUGCCUCCAGAGCUGCCGUUUGAGGGGCGGAUUCCCUUUUCCUGCCUGGAGGACGCGCCGAAGGAGGCGCGUCAGGCGGCUUCGCGCGGCGCCGGGGGGCCGGGCUCGGCUGCCCAGGCGGCGGCCGCGUCUGCUGAGGCGCUGGACGCGUGCGUGCUUUCUCAGUUCUCGGCAUUGCAUCGGGCGCUUCUGGUGCCGCUGCUGAAGGGUGGAGGGAUCGUCACGCCGACAGACAUUCAGGAGCGCUGCAUCCCCACGCUGCUGGCAGGUCGGUCCUCGCUCCUCGUCGCGCCGACGGGCAGCGGCAAGACGCUCGCGUGGGCCCUCCCGCUGCUGCACCGCCUCCUGGCGACCGACUCAGAGCGCCUCGCGCCCCAUCCGCAGCAGCCACGGCUAGUCGUUUUAGUCCCCUCGCGCGAGCUCGCGCUGCAAGUCUUGACGCAGCUGCGUCAGUUCUCCGCGGCCGUGACCUCCGGCGCCUGCACGGCUGGGCAGUCCUACGUGAAGGAGGUCCGCAUGCUGCGCUCCGGGGUCGACGUCGUCGUCGCGACCCCCGCGCGCCUCCUGCUGCAUCUGCACAAGAAAAACGUCAACAUGCGCCGCGUGCAGGCCCUCGUCGUCGAGGAAGCCGACACGCUCUGCGACGCCUUCUACGAACAGGAGCUCUGUGCCCUCCUCGGCAACCACUUCCCACGACUCCGCGCGCCCGCGCUCGACCCGGGGGGCGCGGGCCUCCAGACCCCCGGGGUCGCAGGGGGCACGGGUCUCAAGACCCCCGGGAGCCCCGCGAGCCGCGCGCGUCAGAAUCUGCUUGAAAUGCGCGACGCACCGCGUGGCGGCCUCGCCGGCGAGCCGGCGACGCCCGAGGCCGCGUCGCGGGCGAACGAGCUGCAGAUGGUUUUCGUCGCAGCGACGAAAACCGGCGCGCUCGGCAGGUUCCUCAAACACCAGCUCGGCCGCGUCCACAUCUCGAGUGUAUGUACACCCGACGCACACCUUGCGGCCGCCGGCGUGCAGCAAGUUUUCGUCUCGCUCCACGGCCAAGACCGCAUGUCGCGGCUCCUCGAGGUGUUGGAGGAAAACGUGGGCGGGACGCAGGACGCGAAAACCAUGAUCUUUUGCAAUACUGUCAACACCUGCAGGGCGGUCGACCUCACGCUUUUGGAGAAGGGCUACCGCGUCUCUUGCCUGCACGGACUUAUGCCUUUCAAGCUUCGCAAGGCGAGCUUUCAGAAGCUGAAGAAGGGCGAGACCAACAUCCUAGUCUGCACAAACGUCGCCUCGCGCGGCCUCGAUGUCGAGGGCGUCCAACACGUGAUUCACUUUGACUUUCCGCAGACGCUCGCGGACUACUUGCACCGCAGUGGUCGCACGGCGCGAGGUGGGGAGACUGGCCGCGUGACGCUUCUCUUCUCGAAACGCAAUCUGCCGCUCAUCCAACAAAUUCAAAACGCAAGUCGAGCCGCCACAUCGCCCGCAGAGCUGCGACAUGCCACACCCCGCAUCCGCCGCAUUCUGCGGCUCGAAGAGCGCUGGAAGGAGCUCCUUGACAUGCGUAAUCCGAAGCGGAAGAUCGGCGGCCGCAAGAAACUCGGUCUGCCGCCGAAUCGAAACACCGUCGGCCCGAAGGCGAAGUGGGCGAUCAAGAAGUUGUACUUCAGGAUGAAGGCUAGGGGCCAUCUGCAGUUCCUGCGCUCGCGUGGCGUUCUUGGCAAGAAAGAGCUGCUUCCGAGGCAUCCGCGAGCGUCUGUGGAGCGCUCUGACGCACAGCAGGCGAUGAAGAUGAUUCGAGGAGACGACGGGCUCCUGCAGGUGCUCCCCGUGCGGAGAUCCAAGUCCUUCAUGCUCCGCGAAGCCCAGAAGAGAGAGGAAGGGCACUACGAGAGUCCGGAGACAACAUCGACGAUAGAAGGCGGGAAAACGUUCGAGUCCCAACGAGCAGCCAAGCCCGCGAAACACAGUCGCAGAACGUAUUUCUAG